AUGGCGAGCUCGGGACAAGGGCUUGAGAGUGGUGGCGAUGGCCACGGUGCCGGAAGGAUAGCAGAAACAACUCACUCCCUGGCACUGCAGAUCUUGGCCGCUGUACCAGUGCUACGACUGGAUUUACCAGCUGAUUGGUGUCAAGAGGCGACGGAAGAAAGUGCGCGUGACCAGGCAGCCGUCGUCCGCGCUGUGCAAGACGUGUGGCAAUAUUAUCCGGCUGCCGCUGCCUAUCGGUCGCGGCUACUCAAACGUAUAGAGGGCACUUUAGCUGAACCUGAUGAGGGCUGGUACAACCUGCUCAGCGACGGCGAAAGCACAAAACCUGCUGAGCCCGGCUUCCAAUUUCGUACAUUUCGCCAUUGCCCUGCCCCUUCCAAGGAUCGCGCUGCGGCUGGCACGAGCAUUACCUUGCACGAGUGCACGGCCUUGACUCAACAGGGCACUACAGGCCUGCGAACCUGGGACGCCGCCGUCAUGCUUGCCAACCAUCUCUGCGACACGCUCUGCUCCUCACCAGCCCGAACCUGUCCGACAGGCCCCUCCUCAAUUCUUGAGCUGGGUGCUGGCACUGGUGUGGUUGGCCUCCUACUCGCGGGAACCCUCAACAAACAAUGGCAUCCUAAGGAUGCGCAGCCGUGUGUUGUAUUGACUGAUUACCACGAGGCCGUCCUGGCAAACCUGACGCGCAAUGCCGACCUCAACUGGACAUUGCAGCCCGAGCCUCGCCCCACGUGUGCUAGCAUUGACUGGCGAAAUCCCAUGCCUGCACACUUGGCACGGCCGGAAGGAUAUGAUUGGGUGGUUGCUGCGGACGUCGUCUUUGAUCCUCAGCUUCUUCCUGACCUCCUGGACACUAUACUAGCAGCACUAGGCUCCAAGAGCCGGGCUUUCAUUGCCACAACAGUGCGCAACCCGGACACGUUCGCGACUUGGUGCAACCUACUCGAAUCCCAUCCUGACCUGGUUGUGUGCACACAUGACCUACGAGCGCUGCGCGCUGGGCAUGUAGAUCUACAAAGUGAUCACCAGUUUGAUGUGUUUCUCCAUGAGUUAACUCGAGCCUCGCCCUGA